UGACAUCCACUGACACAGGGCCAUGCGUGCUCCACUGCGACCACGGAGUGGCUGCCUGCUGCUGUGCCUGUGUAUGUCAGUGCUCACUCUGAUGCUGCAGAGCUUUUGGGUUCCUCUGGAGAUGGCGCCGGAUGAACUGACUGGAAGGUCACUUGAAGGUCAAAGUCAUGGUUUCCGUAGCCUGGCGCUCCAGCUCAAAGAUUUGAACUCUCGGGUGAAGAAGCUCAGCAGAGACAGAGAUGGCACCAGAGACGACCUGAGCAUGCAGCUACAGAGUUUCAGGAAAGACCAGCAGGGGUUGGCACGUUUGGUUGAGCGGGAGAUGAAGAGAGUGUUUCAGAAAAUUGAUCAGCUCAACCAUCAACAUGAGCAGCGUCAGGACACAGCUCUGUCCCAGGACCAGCAUAAAACACAGGCAGAGCCCACUGAAAACUGUAAAGUGCCAUUGGACCCCACUUUUCCACUUUGUGCGGACAAAAUGGAGUUUCUUCGGUUACACUGGAAGACAGACCCAUGCUAUGCCUUUUAUGGUGUUGAUGGCUCCACCUGCUCUUUACUAAAGUACCUCAGCCAAACUGAGGACUUCUGCCCCCUACAGGCUGGUCUCAACCACACCGCCCCAGCAUGGCAUCAAACACCCCGCUCACAUUCAGAGAAGGCUGAAAUACGUACAAGUCUAGCUCCAUUGUCUGAAAGCAUCACAAACAGCAGCAGUCCUGGAUUAAAGUUCAUCCGGGCCAGAGUGCAGAGGAUGGAGCAGAGGUGGAUCCGGGCUGGUCUCAACUUGAGCCGGAGGAGCAACAUCACAGUGUCCAGGAAACUCAGGGUGCUGCUGUAUCCUGGCACUCUGGCUGGGAGUCUUGGGCAGAGAUUUGAAGCCAUGGUGGAGAGAGGGGGGCCUUUGGGAGAGCUGGUCCAGUGGGCAGACCUGAGUGCCAGUCUGACCGUGCUGGGCCACAAUGUGACCCUGACCACGUCCCAGCACCUCCUCCACAGUUUGAUAGGUGCUGCUCCGGGCCGAGGCAGCUGUCCCAUACAGAGACCUCUGACAUUUGACCUCAUCUAUACUGACUACCAUGGCCUGGCACAUCUACAAGGAGCAAUGGGAAUAGCUUUUCGGCAUUAUCAGUGUCGAUACAGAAUCCUGGACUCCUUUGGCACAGAACCUGCCUUUAACUUGGGGUCUUACGCUCGCAGUCGUGAAGACAAAACCCUAUGGGGAAGCUGGGACCUGCACCCGCAACAGUAUAUGACCAUGUUUCCUCACACUCCGGAUAAUUCUUUCUUGGGCUUUGUGACCGAGGAGAGCUUGAAAGCUGAAGUCAAGAAAGAAGCAAUGGAUUCCUACAAGAAAGGCAAUGUUGCAGUUGUGUAUGCCAAACAAGAGUACAUGUGGGAGGGCAAGUCUGAUUAUGUGAAAGUAAUCAGUGAAGAAUUUGAAAUCCAUGCCACAGUUUACAAGCGCCCAGGAAUCCCAUCCCAGUUACCCAGCUUUGUCAUAAACCACGGCCUGUUGAGUCAGGACAACUUUGUACAACUUCUCCACAACGCCAAGGUUUUUGUAGGUCUGGGUUUCCCUUACGAAGGCCCAGCUCCUAUUGAAGCUAUAGCUAUGGGCUGUGCCUUCAUCCAGCCGCGAUUCAAACCUCCCCACUCCUCCAAAAAUAAUAACUUUUAUAAAGGGAAGCCAACUACUAGAAAGAUCUCAUCCCAGCAUCCUUACGCUGAAGAGUUCAUUGGAAAGCCUUAUGUUUGGACUGUGGAUGUGAAUAACCGCACUGAAAUACAGCAAGCAAUACAGAACAUUUUUCACACAGAGGUGCAACCGUUCACUCCACGAGAGUUCACCUGUGAGGGGAUGCUGGAGAGGCUUCAGGCUUAUAUCACUCAUCAGAAUUUCUGCAGUAAAUCACUUCCUACAUGGCCACCUAAAAGUGUUUUAAGGGUGCUGCUGAGUCCUUUGGGUGAGUCCUGUACAAACGUGUGCCGGCACUCCUCUCUUACAUGUGAACCUGCAUUAUUUCAUUAUUUAAAUAGUGCUGCCACAUUCACCAGUCUAAAGCUGAACUGCUCCAGUGUGAAGGCAGAGGUCAGUCACCUGUUCCCAGCCUACAAUCCCUGGGGUCGACAGUGCCACCUGCAGUUGGAGCCUCUCCUGUUCAGCUGUGCAGGAUCUGACCCCUCCUUCAGAAGACUGUGUCCAUGCAGAGAGUACACGCCUGGACAAGUGGCACUGUGCCCGGGCUGCUCAUAG